GUGCAGCUUUCGAUAGAGGCACACGUCUCUGACCGGCAGUUUAGAUCGUGAACUACAUAGCCGAAUGUUAUAAAGUAAUAUUUAAAUUUAUUUAACAACAUUUGUUCGUGAUUAUUUUUAGUGACGUGCUUAUCGAAAUUAUAAUAUAAUAAAAUAUAUUUUACGAAGGACUACGAGUGUCAUGAAAACAUUGAUUGAGGAAAGGAAUUUGGAGAAUAUCUAAUACUACUAUAGAGAUAAAAGUUAAAAAUAUGAGAUAAUUUAUUGAAAAUGAAAAAUAUGUUUUGGAGCAUGGAUGGGCCGUAGGAUGCGCGUCUUGGAGGCGCUCAUAUGUUUUAUGAUCAUUUCAUCCAAUUACGCAUUUAUUCCUGGCACAGACGGACCAGUCUUAGCUCAAGAGGCAUUGGAAGGUGGAAACAUAACACUGUUUUGUGAUUCGACAACAGACACUCCUAAUGACGAAUUGAUGCUUUUGGUCUGGUAUAAAGACAAUCUGCCUGUUUAUAGUUAUGACGCAAGAAUAUCCAGCGAAUGGUCAAGCACUAGCUUCAACACCAGCCACAGAUUAAGAACUGAUCUUCGAAGGCAGCCGACAGUUUUGACGAUCACCAAACUUAGAGGAGAUGACCAAGCCCUUUAUCACUGUAGAGUCGACUUCCUAUUGGCACCCACAAGGAACAUUGGAGUCAAUUUAACUAUUAUAGUUCUUCCAAGCCAACCAUUCUUUCUGGAUGAAGUUGGAAACAAGGUGGAAGGGAAGAUAGGACCAUAUCAUGAGGGAGACACUUUGGUGCUAAGCUGUCUCGUUAUUGGAGGUAGACCUCCGCCUAGGAUAAGUUGGUACGCUGGAAACGACCUUGUUGACGCAUCAGAUGGUAUCAGUGAUAUUCCUAAUGUACGGGAAAAUGAGCUUUAUCUUCCAUUGACUCGCGACAACUCUAACUCUCUCUCCUGCAGAGCAUCGAACACACAACUUAGACCACCUGUUGUGACAACACUAAAUGUCGAGUUGUAUUUGCCAGCCUAUAACGUUUCAAUCAACUGGGUUUCUGGAACAGUAAGAGAAGCUCUCCGGGCUGGUCAGCGAGCAACGGUGCGUUGUGUGGCGCAUGGCUCCUACCCUCCACCCGAGCUCUCCUGGUGGCUUGAUCACCGUCACCUGACGCAGCAUAGCAACCAGAGUUGGAGCAAUGCAACUCGUAAAGCGGAAUCGUUUCUGGAGUUGACACCGGCGGUGAGCGACAAUGGCGGUACGCUGGCGUGCGUGGCCACCAACACCGCGUUGGCACCCGGCAGAGACUCCAAAGCGGAUAUCGUUAUAUUAUAUGUUACCUAUAGUCCGAUAGUAGAAAUAACGAAAUUAGGAGAUGGAAGACUGAAUGAAGUUUCAGAGCUGGACAGCCUGCAGCUGGAGUGUGAAGUGAAAGCCAACCCACCCGUUGAUAACUUUACCUGGUUUUUUAAUGACAUAGAGAUAAGAGCGAAUAGUUUAUGGGGCAGUGAUGUAUUCUCUCGGACUCUGUCAGUCGAGGAAGUGACACGGAGACACGCUGGCCGAUACUCCUGUUCAGCUCGAAACAGUGUUGGGGAGUCGAGAGCAGAAAGCAUUAGUAUAAGUGUAUUAUAUCCCCCUGAAUGUAUGGAGCGAGGCAUAACUCUAGUGAAAGAAACCUUAAAAUGCGACGUCAAGGCUUUACCACCACCAGACACAUUCUUCUGGCAUAUCCAGCCUUUAGAUGAAGAUGUCCAGCAUUUAACGACUGGAUCUCCAAUACUACCCCUCACACAAAUUUCUGGAACCUUAUCGAGGAGCUUGGAUGUUAGCUGUGAGGCAGGAAACGGUAUAGCCUCCCAAGAAAAGCCUUGCAAAAGAGUUUUUACCUUUGACCUGUUACGGCCAUCUCAACCGCAACAAUGUGACCUUGCUUAUGAAUAUGAAGAAUUCCAAAUGAGAUGUAUUCCAGUUGAAAAUGCGACGUACUACGAGGUUUCGGUGUGGCGAAUGUCCACAUCGAACGCUUCGUUGGUGUUGGAACGACGAGGCUCAAUGGGAUAUGGCACGAGCCAAGCUCUUGCUCAAGGAGAGGGUUUGCCGUGGCUGGUGAGGGGUCCCCUUGGAAACCUCAGGGUAGGCGAUGAAGCCGGUGCUUCCGCCUGUAACAGAUAUGGGUGUUCAUCAGCUCUGCUGCUGCGACCUACCGAUAAUUUAUUACACGCUGCUGAAGCACCUUGGUGGAAAUUUCUUCUAGAAAGAGAUGUUGGCAUAUCUAUCGGGGUAGUCGUGUUGGUUGCUGUGUUCAUGCUGUCCUCAGCACUGGUGUAUCGAUUGGCACGAAGAUCCCGAACAAAGCCUCCAGUUAUUCAGGUUCUCCAACUCGACGAGGUGGCGAGAGAUUAUUUAGAUACUAUUGGAGACCAUAAAGUGCGAGCCUCGUGCAGCCUGAGGUCAUGCAGCAGCGGUUACUCCGACGGUUCAGCAGAGACAGCACCAGCUAUCGACAGACAGCGCAAGCCCCGUUUCUGGAGCUGGGAGACUCCGCCGCCUGACGUCACAUUGACUUUACAUAGAGAAAGCGCCGUGUAAUUCGUCUUAACUAAAUAUAAUAAUGUUUUCUUUAAGAUAUUUUUAAGACUUGAGAUUAUUUUUUACUAAAUUAGGUGUCUGCUUUAAGAAAGAUUCUGACAGAAUGAUAUUAAUUUAGUGCUUCUAUGUUUGAAAAAAAUAAAUAAUAAUAAUUAAUAAAUGCAAUAUUUAAAAGAGAGAACUGUUUAUAUCAGAAUAGACGUUUGUCAUCAAAGUGUUUAUUUUUCCAUUACGUUAUAGUUCUAUUGUUGUGAUUUAGACAUACUGAAAUGAAAUUUUGUCUGCAUAAAUCGAUUGCCACUAAAAACUUAAGCGAAACUGAAGGAAAUACAACGAUGUAAAGCGAUGAGUUGAUGACGUCAUAGUAAGGAGAUUAAUACGAGGAAUAAAUGUGGAGAAAUUCG